AUGUCAGAGUCUCCAGCACUUGUCGCAGACAACACUACCCCGCGCCCAAGGUCGUCGAGACGCGGAGGUAGAGGUCGUGGCGGCGGUAGAAGUGGCUCUCACAGACCUGCAUCGCAGACCCAGACACAAACACAAUCGCUAUCAUCAGAACAAGCACAGUCGACUAUUGACGCUUCGUCGCAACAAAACGACUCUCCUGCGACACAGACCGCAUCCGACGCGCCCCGUCCGCCACGAGGUCCGAGAGGGGCCUCGAGAGGGGCCAGAAGAGGGGCGAGAGGCGCAGGCACACAGUCAGGCGCAGUCGGCGCUGGAGGGCGGAGAUUCGAGGGUCGACUGACAAAACCGGAGCAAUCUCCAGAGGAAGGCCAAGAUGCUGGAAGCCAGAGCGCAGGCGCGGAGGACAUUGCAGGGUUGAGAGCGAAUGCGCCAGCAUUUGUUCCGGGAGGACCAGCCGAAGAAGCACCUCGGGAUACCGGUCGUGCUCGGGGAAAUGCAAAAGGCAAGUCGAAAGCGAAGAGCUCAACUCAGUCUCGAUCAGCGCCCCUUGCCCCUCCAGCACCCAAGAUUACGACGAAAUCAUCGGCACCGGAUAUCGCAACCCGCAUCCACGAAGAUAUCGCCCACAAUCUCUACGAAUGUCCGAUUUGUACAGCCGAGCUAGGAAAGCGGUCUCGUGUUUGGUCUUGCGGUCUGUGUUGGACGGUUUUCCAUUUGAGUUGUGUGAAGAAAUGGUCGAGAAACGAAGGUGCAGCUGCUCAGGAUGCGGCGCGUCGCCGGGGUGAGGAGGGGGAAAGCAGCGCUCCACGUGCUUGGCGCUGUCCUGGUUGCAAUCUGCCCCAUGAAGUUUUCCCUUCCUCUUACACUUGUUGGUGCGAAAAGGAGGUAGACCCGCGCUCAUUUCCAGGUCUCCCGCCUCAUUCAUGUGGACAGACUUGCGCGCGAUCGCGCAAAGGCUGUCCGCACCCUUGCGAUGCAACGUGCCAUGCUGGUCCAUGCGCCCCUUGUACUGCUAUGGGCCCGACCCAGGAUUGUUUUUGCGGGAGGAACUCAUCUACGAAGCGUUGUCAGGAUACAGACUACGACAAUGGUUGGAGUUGCGGGGAGAUAUGUGGCGACCUGCUGCCUUGUGGUGAGCAUACCUGCCCCCGCCCGUGCCAUGAGGGCCUUUGUGGUUCCUGCGAGGUCAAGGUCGAUGCACGCUGCUACUGCGGGAAAACACGGUCUGAAAUGCUGUGCAGUUCUAAAGAUGAAGAAAUGGACAGUGAAAUGCUGCGCAGUAAUGAAGGUGAAAGUGGAGAGGGCAUAGAGGAAUGGGUCGGUUGUUUCAGCUGUGGUGACCAGUGCGAUCGACUGUUCGACUGCGGCAAACACUCGUGUCAAAAGUCUUGCCAUGCCCAGGAUGCGCAUCCAGCUCAUUGUCCCAGAUCGCCCGAUGUGGUUCUUUCCUGUCCCUGCGGAAAGACUCCUUUGACCGAAGUGGCGGGUUAUUCGCCACGAAUCACUUGUGAGGAUCCAAUUCCGAAUUGUACUAAGCCUUGCGGGAAAUCCUUGCCUUGCGGGCAUCCUUGCCAGCAGAUCUGCCAUACAGAUUCUUGUGGCCCCUGUCUGCAGAAAGUUACGAUCCAUUGUCGCUGCGGGCGCAAUGAUUUUCGGACGACUUGUUUCUCGGGUGAAUUUGAGCCACCUCAGUGUUUCCGCAUCUGUAAAGCUGGCUUGCACUGCGGUCGCCAUGCGUGCGCCGAGCGGUGUUGCCCAGGCGAACAGAAGGCAAUUGAGCGCCAGGCUAUACGCAGAAAGCUCAAAUCCCAUCUUCGACCUAGCGACGAGGAUUUUGAGGCUGAGCAUAUCUGUACCCGGGUAUGUGGUCGCAUGCUGAAAUGCGGACGGCACACAUGCCCGGAGAUUUGUCACAAAGGGCCUUGCAACACUUGCAGAGAAGCAAUAUUUGAGGAGAUCCCGUGUAACUGCGGUCGAUCUGUCUUGUACCCGCCUCUGCCUUGUGGGACACAGCCUCCAGCUUGCUCAUAUCCCUGUGAGCGCGUCAAACCGUGUGGUCACCCGCAGACGCCUCAUAACUGCCAUACGGACGAUGAAAAUUGCCCGAAAUGCCCGUUCUUGACAGAAAAGUCGUGUUUAUGUGGCAAGCGCGUGCUAAAGAAUCAACCUUGUUGGCUCACAGAUGCGCGAUGCGGACAGAUCUGUGGCAAGCUUCUUAAUUGUGGUUCUCACACCUGUAAGAAGAACUGUCAUCGACCGGGUGAUUGCGAGGAUGCUGCCCAGCCCUGUCAGCAAGCCUGCGGAAAGACCAAAUCGUUGUGUGGUCACCCUUGUACUGAACCGUGUCACGCACCUUAUCCAUGCUCCGAGAAGACGCCUUGUUCAUCCACGGUCACAGUGACAUGUAGCUGUGGACGACUUCGUCAGGAGCGGCGUUGCAACGCAGCCAAGGCUGUUGUCACCAAGGGCCAUCUUCAACAAGCACAGCGACUUCCGUCAGCGUCAUCAUUGGCAUGUGACGAAGAAUGCGCCCGCCUUGAGCGAAAUCGUUCUCUGGCGUCCGCGCUUGGCGUUGAUAUCAACCCAGCGACAACUGUUUCUCAGACUCUCACGUCCACCAACCUACCUUAUUCUUCCGAGACCCUCGACAUUUACCUCCAGCUUUCAUCGUCGUAUCCUCUCUCUACUCUUCUAUCCUACGAAUCGACCCUCCACGCCCUCGCUGCAAACAAGAAUCCGGCAACUCGCUCCACCCGCUUCCAACCCGCCAAAUCUCCCCUCCGCGCCUUUGCUCACUCCCUGGCCGCUGAUUGGGGAUUUGCUAGCGAGAGCUUCGAUCCGGAACCCCAUCGCCAUGUCUUCGUCCUCAAGCCCACAAGCUGGACUCCCCCGCUUCUGGGCAUGGGCAACGGCACCACCAUUGGUAUCGGCGGUAUGAGCGUUGGUGAAUGUGUGAAGUUACGUGAUCGUCAACGCCUCAAGGAACAGGAAGAGCAACGUCUCGCUGCAGCAGAAGCAAAAUCCCAGCGUGAAGCCGUACGGGCCCAGCAGAAUGCGAGCGGCGAGGGCGGCUGGGCUCAGGUCGCGGCUUCGAAGAGAAGCAACGGCCUUGGUAGUCCCUGGUCCACGACUAUGUAUGCUGCCCUUGCGGGAGAUGACAGUAGUGCUGCGUGGGAUGCCCCCCUACCGCCUCAAUCUCAACCCAAAAAGGAAAAAUUAGUGUUGCGGUCAGGUGUGAGGCAAUUAAGGAGUUCAAGCUCCGUCGCUGAUCCGAGCUAUAGCGAGCCAGUGCGGGAUUCCAAAAAGUUGGACGGGGAAAAGGAUGCCUGAUUCAUUGGAACAAGGCCUCGUAUGUCGAUAAAAGAGCGUUGAGUAUGGUUUAUAUUCUUUACACUCCAUAUGGAAUCUCUGAAAGACGGUCUUCCUUACGGAGUUCGACUUGUUGCCCAGUAUCAAAAUACUGUUCUUCACUUCAAUCGCUUUGGCGGACGACUCUAAUGCUUGUUACUGCUUAUGGUUCAUGUUCCUGCUGUGGUUAGCGUGCAUACUGGUCUGCCGUGUGUUUCUACUGUUAAGAAAAAUGCUCAUAGAAUUGGAAUGGAUAAUCCCGGGCCCCU